AUGUUAUCUAAAUUGGAACAGGGUGCAAAUCGAGUUGUCACUUGGCUUGUUAGUUUGGAACGUGCGUUUCGUAAUGAAGAUUACUUUAAAUUGUUUUUUGGUCAAUUUUACCUAAAGGUUGACAUUGUUGUCCUUUUUCCACCGUUUCAUUACAUUCGACAAAUCAAAAAGAAUGCAACUCAACUUGAGGAUAAUCUUUACGAUAUCUAUUGUCGUCAAUGCAAGGUAGAAGAGGUUAUUUCAAAAGAGGAAUUUUUUGCAUCUCUACCAAGUAUUGUCAGAUUAUACUCACAAUUUUGUUACAAUCUUGCUCUCUCUGCCGAUGAAUCAAGAAUCAAGCAUUAUCCUUUUCUCUUUCCAACUCUUAUCAACAUACAAAAUAGAGAUUGCUUUACUUUUAAUGUUCUUCAAGCAAGAUUGCAAAGAGAUUUUUUCAACACCAAGAAACCUUAUCGUGUAAAUGCCGAGCUUCUGGAAGGUUUUGAACCUGCAAAGUCAAUCAACGAUUUGAUUGUUGUAGCAAUGAACAGUUCAAAUUACCUAAAUGAUAUUAGUGCAUUCAAGAUUUUGGAUUCAAUCAAUGAAGGUUGUACUCUUCAUGAUCGUGAGAGUAUUCAUGGUAAUUGUAAUUCAAUGGUCAUUGAUAAAUCAAAAAAAAGAUUAGAAAAUGUUGAUUUCAAAUCAAGAUUUCAACAAUUUUUUAAAGACUUUUCAUUGGAUAAUAUCGCCCCCAUCACUACUACUACUGCUACUGCUACUACUGCUACUACCUCUACUACCACUACUACUACUACUACUACUACUACUGAACCAUCAAUUAAAGAUCUUUUGGAUUCUAAUCAAGGACAAGAGAAAAUUGAACAAAUAGUUGCAACAAGUUUGGAAAAGAGAAAAAAGUUGCCAUCCGAGUUUGAGCAUACUUUAAUGACCCAUCUAAGAGGAGGAACAAAGUUUCAACGUUUGGAAGGUCAAUACAAUGAAGAUGCCAAGAUCAUGAUUCAACAGUAUAGAGACCAAGGAUUAUCUCAUUUGUUGGAAAUGUCAAAUGUGGAUCAAGAUAUGACAAAUAUAUUUGGACUUGAUCAACCUCUUCAGCCUUUGCAACAAGAGGAAUUGGAUGAAUUGGAUGAAUUGGAUGAAUUGGACGAAAUGGAUGAAACGGAUGUUCAAGAAGAAACAAAAGAGGGGAUUCAACUCCAACUAGAUGACGAGUCAUUAUUGGUAGACCCUUCUACUAGUACUACCUCUAUUACUAGUCCUAUCUCUACUACUAGUACUACCUCUACUACUAGUCCGAUCUCUACUACUAGUACUACCUCUACUAAUAGUACUACUUCUACUACUAGUACUACUUCUACUUCUACUCCUCCAUUUUAUUUCCUUACCAGUCAAAAAUCAGAUAGUGAAGGUGCUAGAAGAGCAAUGAUGAAAUCAAAAGAAAUCUUGAAAGCAGUGUUUAGAGUCAAUGCAAGAAUCUUACUCACACACCGAGACUAUGAAGCACAUGUUGGCUACUUUUUGUUUUCGGUAGACUCUGUCGAGAGCAAAAACAAAUUGGUUAUUGCAAAUGGAAAGAAAUCUUUAUACAAGGGAAUGGAUUUUACUUUUUGUUUUAUCGAUCCACUUGAACCAUUAUCCAUCUACUUUACUAGCAACACCAUCACAGAAGCAAAAAAAACAGUAUUUAAACAUUUUAAUCAUAUUCAAAAUGCUUGUUGUAUCAUUGAAAAGAAUGAUAGUGGAAAACCAAUUGCUAUCGUUCAAUUAAAGAAUCAAAGAGUAUAUGAAGAGGCCAUCAAAAUGGAUUUUGUUUUUCCUCUUGAUUGUAAUAUGUUUGAGAGGUUAAAGAAAUAG